GGAAUCAUUUAACAUGGGUACCUAACCCAAUAUUAUAAUCUGAACUAACCUGUCCUGAGAUAACAAAUGAUAAGGAGUGAUCAAAGUAAGAUUACUCUCAGUAUAGCUUAUAAUUAGUGUAUCAGAGUCACUUUAGGCUAAAUUUGAAUUAAAAAAGUUUCUAUGCGUGGAACGGAGAAUAACCAUCGAUGACAAGAAUGUUUUGUGCAGUAUCCGUUUUGGCAAGGUUGAUACCAAUAAAAAGAAUUUCAAAUAAUAGUUGGCGUAGUUUUAGAGUAGUUUUAGAUCCCACAGCAAAAGGCAACAUUCCAAAUUACAUCAUGUCAGCUAAGAUUGGCACCAGUAAUAAUCUCACAAUCGUCAAUCAGCUGGAACAACUAUUUAAGCUCAGGGAGCUACCCAAUACUAGCAAUUGGAUUAUUGAGGCUAAGGUUCAAGCUCUGUGUAACACCUAUAAGGGUUUAUCUCAGGAUGAGAAAAAAACAUUCCUUCGAACUCUGGCCACCGGGUAUGCGGUUGAUCACAAAGUUGUGCAUCAAAUGGCAAUGAGACUCGUUCAAGAUGAAAAGCAAGAUCAAAGGCAAAUUAUAAGCACUGAACGUAUACUGAGCAAUUCCUUGACACCUCUUUACCAGUGGCUCUUUUUGCUCACUGGAAGACUCAAAAAUGGAGUAAAGUUUCUUGUAGACCUUAGGACAGAUGUUUUGGAGUUGAUGUUGGAACUAAAAGACCCGGAUGAAACUAUUGUAGCACAGCAACUCAACAUCACUCUUCGGAAUCUACUAUUGCAAUGGUUCUCUGUCGGAUUUUUCGAUCUUGAACGUGUCACCUGGCAGAGCUCCUGUGAAAUGUUGGAAAAGAUUUCCGAAUACGAGAUGAUUCACCCGAUCAAAAAUUGGACAGAUUUAAAACGGAGAGUUGGGCCCUAUAGAAGAUGCUAUGUCUUUACACACAAAGCGAUGCCUGGGGAACCUGUGGUAGUUUUACACACCGCUUUGUGCAAUACAAUAUCAAGUACUGUAAAAGAGAUUGUCAAAUCGGAACCUGAAACUCCUGCUGAGGAAUCGAAGAAUGUAUCAUUCGGUCAGGAGGAUAAGUCAAAAAUCAGGGCAGCAGUAUUUUACUCCGUAGCAUCUACCCAAAAGGGUUUACAGGGCAUCGAAUUGGGGAAUUAUUUAAUCAAGAACGUAGCUGCCAAAGUUUUGGAGGAAUUCCCUCAAAUUGAUCAGCUCUCCAGCCUUUCACCGAUCCCCAAUUAUAGGACCUGGCUGUUAGAGAGGAUAAAACAUGAUGCGAGUGAAAUGAUCACAAGCAAAGAACGUGACGCCAUAGAAAACCUUCUACCAAACACAGACAUUUACUCAGCGAUGAAAAAAAUUUUAAGUAACUCACUGUGGAUGAAUGACAAAGAGAUAGUCGAGACACUAAAAACUCCAUUACUACGUGCCUGUGCUCGAUACUUGUACAAAGAAAAACGAAGAAAUUACGCACUGAACAACGUUGCUAAUUUUCACUUACGAAAUGGAGCAGUCAUGUGGAGAAUAAAUUGGCUUGCCGAUCCAUCUCCACGAGGGGCUGCUAAUAGUUGUGGAAUUAUGGUGAACUAUAGGUAUUACCUACAUGAAACCGAAACGAACAGUAGAAAUUACCUUGAGCGGUACGUAAUCAAAGCUUCCGAAGACGUGGUCCAUCUGGCAGCCGAAUCGGAAAAAUUAUUCCAAAAGUCGCGGUUGUGAUAACAGAGGAACUGGCUGUAUUUAGUUGUAACAAUAAUAUGCAAUACUGCUAGAAGAAAAUCAAUUUUUGGAAACAA